AUGGCGUCCGCGAGCGCGCGGUGCCGCUUCUGCGGCGAGGUCGACGCCGUCGCCGCGCUCGUGGACCCCGGGUGCGCGUGCUACAAGAAGCGCGAGAGCGACCUGUGCCAUCGUUCGUGCCUGAGGGAGCGAAUCGAGCGCGCGUCCACGGGCGCGAGCGACGGCGCCGCGGACGCGUCGAGGAUUUGCGAGACGUGCGGCAUGCCUUUCCGCGUCGACGUCGUCGAGAGGUUCGCGCUCACGACGAGGAGAGUCUGCGGAGAGAACGCGGUGGCGACGGGCGUCAGCGUUCUCCUCGUCGUGACCACGCUCGCCACCUUCGUAAACAUGUCGUACGCGCGAGCUGGAACCGUCGCGACGGUGGACGACUUCGACGGAGGGCGAAGAGGCGGCGGCGGCGGCGGGGAAGGGAAGUGGGCGACGGCCGCGGUCGUCGUCUUCGCGGUGCUCGCGAUGCUGUUCGUGAGGAAAGCGCUCGCGCGAUGGAAGAGGCAGCAGACCGAAGUCGUGCGCGUGGACGUCGUGUAG